UGUUAAUUUCCUGUUUGGCAGCUCGAUAAGGUUAUUAUUAACCAGCUAGCUAAUGCUAGCGCUAUCGAUUAGCUGGACGUUUAACGCCCAGAUAAGAGCUUAUUCCAAUAUUGCUCUUAAUCGAUCAGCUGCUACACAUGUGCGUUACUACUUGUAAUAUGAGCGAGUUCAAUCGAGAGCCGAGCUUGUGAAUGAGAUGAUAAGCUACUAAUAGUUAUGAUGAGGUGGUGACCCUGGGGCGGCCAGGCCGUGAAAUGACUGCUGUUCGGCACAAAAGUAAAAAGACGGAGCAGAGAGACUGAGAAAGAAGAAUGGGCAGGAGGGUCUGGGGUUGCUGGCAAGGUGUCCUCUCUACUGCGCUGCUCUAUGGCUCUUUGGCUCUGUUUAUAUCCAUCCUGCACAAUGUGUUCCUGCUCUACUAUGUGGAGACGUUUGUCUCCAUCUACAAGAUCGAUAAAAUCUCCUUCUGGGUGGGAGAGACUGUCUUCCUUAUCUGGAACAGUCUGAAUGACCCUCUCUUUGGCUGGCUGAGUGACCGCGCCUUUCUCAGCUCUCCUCAAGCCGGCUCUCAGAUCACAAAUCCAGAGGUGGUGCUGAAGCGUCUGAAGGCCCUCGCCACAAAUGGUCCUCUCUUCGCUCUGUCCUUCCUGGCCUUCUGGGUGGCGUGGGCCAGUCCAGGCCUGCAGUUCCUGCUGUGCCUGUGUCUCUACGAUGGCUUUCUCACUAUGGUGGAUCUCCACCACAGCGCCCUAUUGGCGGACCUCGCUGUAUCUGCCACCGAUCGCACACGCCUCAACUUUCACUGCUCGGUGUUCAGCGCUCUGGGGUCUUUCUCCGUCUUUCUGUCCUACUCUUUCUGGGAUAAAGAGGACUUUUACUCCUUCCGUAUCUUCUGUGUAACUCUGGCAGCUUUUUCUGUCUUGGGGUUUUUCUUAGUGUCUCGAAUGCUCCAGCGCCGUUUUAUAAAGGAAAUCCAUCCAAAACAAGAUGAUGCAUCAGCACUCAAAGAACUAAACGUUGGCCAUGCUCCACUUAACCACCCGGAAAAACCUGUCACUAUUGGACAGUAUCUCAAGCAGCUCUCCAGACACAGGAACUUCAUGUGGUUCGUGUCAAUGAACCUGAUUCAGGUGUUUCACUGCCACUUCAACAGCAACUUCUUCCCUCUUUUCUUAGAACAUCUCUUAUCUGACAACAUCUCUGCCUCUACGGGUUCGAUUUUACUUGGAAUCUCUUAUAUUGCUCCACACCUGAACAACUUGUAUUUCCUGACACUGUGCCAGCGUUACGGGGUUUACCAGGUUAUCCGCUGGCUAUUUAUGCUCAAACUGGGACUUAGUGUGGCUAUGCUGCUAGCAGGGGCUGACCACAUUUAUCUGCUGUGUGUCUUCAUUGCUAGUAACCGCGUGUUCACCGAGGGGACAUGCAAACUCCUGAAACUGGUGAUUUCUGAUCUGGUGGAUGAGGACUUUGUGGUAAACCGACGUCAGCAAGCCGCCUCUGCUCUCCUCUUCGGCAUGGUUGCCUUGUUGACCAAACCUGGGCAGACAUUCGCCCCACUCAUUGGCACAUGGCUGCUCUGUGUUUACACAGGUUAUGAUAUUUUUGAGAGAGAUUCUGUCAAAGACUCAGUUUCUGGGUCUCACGUCGCCUCCAGCUCAGGGAAUCCGCCCCUACGCCUGGGCUGCUUCUACAUGUUGGUGUUUGUGCCUAUCACCUGUGCCCUGCUCCAGCUGGUGACCUGGUCUCGCUUCACACUUCAUGGCCGCAAGCUGCAAGGGAUCAAAGCCCUGCGGCAGGGGGCCCAGCAAGGCCACCUUAUCGAUGUCAAGGCCAUAUGAACUGUUGGGCGAAGUUGCACAUGGACACUUUUACGUCUUAAGCUUUUACAGUCCCUUUUGAUAAUGUCUUAGAAGAAGAUGAGCUGCUCCGCCCUUUUUCUGCAGCUUGGCCUUCUGUGCAAUAAACUCUUACAGAUCAGAUCAUGUGGCUUUGUGUACAGUGGAAAAUGCACAGCGGGCUCACUUAACCAUGUGGAAAUGAACAUGUUGAAAUCUGCCUUAUUUUUUUUAUAUUAAAAUAAUAAACUAUAUUUAUAUUUGAACCGAUGACCAAAACAUCAGUAAAACCAAUCAAUCUUUUGGACCAAGGGGAGAAGAGAUCGGUUGCCCUCUUUAAGUGUAAUUCUGGUGUUGAGCUCAAUCUGAACAUCUUUGCUGAUCUUUAAAUUGUCAGCACCAUCAGCCUGUUUGAAAAAGCAAACGGAGGGUAGGUUUACAACAGAGCUCUGGUUCUGAUUUCUAACUUUUAUUAACAAGUCGAUGAAGAAUUUCCAAUCUAAGUACGUUGUGUUGAAAGUGCUGUUGAUACUGCAUGAAAACACAAGUUGAUCAUUUUGCUGUACGUUUCACACAGAAUGCCACUUUGAUGUUGAGAACUGUAUUUUGUAAUACGUCAGUAUUGAUGAUGCGUUUGCACAACACUGCCGUUCGUCUGUUGUACUUCUAACAUUUUACUUUUAGUCCUGUGGUGAUGGAAACUGAAAUAAGGAAAUUAUGCCAGUAGCCACUCACUCAGUUCACUUUUCAAUUGUUUUUUUCCAGAUGAUUACAAAGAAUGUGAGACAGUGCCACAAAUAAACCUCUGUGUUGAGAGUUAAUCAAACUCUUUAUUUAAAUUGCGACUUAUUCUAUGUUCUUUAAAUUGGGACUUAUUCUAUGUUCUUUACUACACAAACAACUUGAAAUAAAAAUCUUAACAGUG